CUGGAUCUAAAGCUCUGUGUCUGCCCUCGCUUUCCCUCCGCCUCCCUUAUCUUCAUCUUCCUGAUAGCACCAUUACCCCCCGACGUUCUCAGCGGUACUGCCCUCAGAGCCGUGGAACACCCCUGACUUCUCCUUCCUUCGCUGGGUACCCGGCCUGGGGAAGAUUGGAAUCCCCCCACUGCAACCCCCCUCCAUGUCCGCAGUGGUAUCUCCCUGCUAGAAGCCUGGGGAGGAGGGGAGCUCCCCCGCUCUAAAUGGAUACAUCAAACCCAGUAAGUCCACUCCCAAGUCUCCCCUCGCGAUCCUCCGCACCAAGCUCCGUCUUGGCCGCCCCCAUCCCUCCAUUCACCCGGGUUUGAAUCCCUCCCGCAGGGUCUUCACGUAAACUUGAGAAAGAGGCACCUUGCUUCGCUGUACGGAAUGCUCGGCCUUUGGGGGGCCCUGCCUGAGCAGUCCAGCAAGUAGUCAUGACGAAAUUCCAGGGGCUCGUGUCAUUCGAGGAUGUGGCUGUGGACUUCACCCAAGAAGAGUGGAAUUAUCUGGACCCUAGCCAGAGGACACUGUACAGAGAUGUGAUGCUAGAGAACUAUAGCCAUGUGCUCUCUUUGGGUUAUCCUGUUACUAAGCCAGAUGUGAUCGCCUCUUUGGAGAAGAGAAGGAUUUGGAUCAUAGAGAGAGAAAUCCCAAGUUCAAGUUGCACAGAAGUCUGGCAAGUUGAUGACCAGCUAGAGAGACGUCAGGAAAAUGAAGACACAUACCUGAGGCAAGCUCUGUCCAUUAAUGAGAAAAAUGUGGCUAAGGAGAGUGGUGGUCGAGAAUAUAAUGGAUUUAUAAACCCACUGCCGCAGAACACAUGGAUGGUUUCAUCACUACAUACACCCUAUAUAUAUGACUCAUAUGGGAACAAUUUUAAAGAUAAUAUAGGCUUCCUUGGUUAUAAUAGAAGUUUUGCAGCCCCAACAUGUUAUGAGUAUAAUGGGUACAGGGACUUACUCAUUCACGGGCAAUAUGAGAAUAAUAGUGACAUGAAGCCCUAUGGUUCUAAUAUGUACGGGAAAGGUUAUAAUCAUAACCCAUCCUUUGUUCAGCAUGCUAUAACUCCAGCCGGUGAGCAAACCUAUGAAUUUCUAGAAUGUAGGAAAACUCUCAGCCAAAAUUCGCUCCUGAUCGUCCACCAGAUUACUCAUGCGAAAGAGAAGCCCUACGAAUGUACAGAAUGCAGAAAAACCUUCAACAGGAAGGCCCACCUCAAUAUCCAUCAGAGAGUGCAUACAGGAGAGAAGCCCUUCGAAUGUAAGGAAUGUGGCAAGUCUUUCAGAGACAAGUCAACACUGAAUAUCCAUCAAAGAACUCACACCGGUGAGAAACCUUAUUUAUGCAAUGAAUGUGGGAAGACCUUCCGAGAAAAGACAAAGCUCAUCAUCCAUCACAGAACUCACACAGGAGAGAAGCCCUAUGGAUGCCCGGAAUGUGGGAAGACCUUCAACCAGAAGGCACACCUCAGCGUUCACCUGAGAACACACACAGGUGAGAAACCCUACGAGUGCAGUGAGUGUGGCAAGGCCUUCCGGGAGAAAUCAACACUGCGGAGACACCAGAGAACUCACACGGGAGAGAAACCAUAUGUGUGCACAGAGUGUGGGAGAGCCUUCACCUUGAAGCUGAGCCUCAGUGCUCACCAAAGAAUUCAUACCGGAGAAAAGACUGAUGGGUGCACUGUCUGUGGAAAGGUCUUCUCCCGGAAAUCCUAUCUUAUGUUACACCAGAGAGCACACACAGGAGAAAAAUUCGAGAAGCCCUAUGAAUGCAAUGAAUGUGAUAAAGCUUUCUUCCAGAAAUCCUAUCUCAUCAUUCAUCAGAGAGUCCAUACAGGGGAGAAACCCUAUGAGUGUAAUGUUUGUGAGAAAGCAUUCUCCCAGAAAUCAUGUCUCAUUAUACACCAGAGGACUCAUACGGGAGAGAAACCUUAUAAAUGUGACAAGUGUGGCCGAGCCUUCCGAGAAAAAUCUAAACUCACCGUCCAUCAGAGAACCCACUUGGGAGAGCUACCUUUUGGCUGUCCUGAAUAUGAGAAGGAUCUUCCAGAAGCAAAAACAUAUCCCAGCUUCAAUGACACAGAGAUAAUAGAGACUUUACAAAAGGACUAAUGGUAGAAAAUGCUUAAUAGGAAAAUUCAAAGGUAAAAAAGGAAGAACAUACUUUAAGGAGGUCAACGAAGGCCUUUCUAAGGAUAUUUAAGCUUAUGCCUGAAAGUGAGUUGUCAGUCUUGCUGUGGGGGUAGGGGGAAGAGAAUUCUAGGCAUAUGGAAUGCCAAGAGCCAGUUUUGUUUGGAAAAAAAAAGUUUUGAGUUUUGUAUUUGUUAGCAUGAGUGUAUGUUGAAUGACCAUUUUAUAUCAGAGAGGGUGUGUAAGACCAUGCGAUCUUUUGAUGUCUUGAAUAUAUGAGAGCCUUGAGUUAGAAGCCAAGUUUCAUUAUCAUUUUGGGCACAUGUGUUAAAAGAAGAAAUUCAGUGUACGUAAUGUCAGUAAGCAUAGUCAUUUGGAAAUGACUAAAGAAAACUAUCACAAUUUUAAUACUAACCUCUCAUAGAAACCAAUAAAAGUCUUUUGUUAAGAACA